UCUGCUUCUCAGUUGUGAACUUCAAAUCUCAGAAUCUGUGUGUUUUUGGAUAUGCAAUGCGCCAUGGAAGGCCUUUCCUGGUCAAAGACCACCACCACCACGGCGCCUCCCAGCUGGGAGACAUACUCCUGGAGGCCGCCAUCACCAAGACCCUCUCAACCUCCGGCACCCGCAACCUUCCGGACCCCCACACCCUUCCGCUCUCCGAGCCCCUCCUCUUCCAAAUCCUCCGCGCCCAGUCCCUCCACCCCUCCAAAAAACUCGACUUCUUCAAAUGGUGCUCUCUCACGCAUAACAUCAAACACUCGGCGCGCGCCUACUCCCACAUCCUCCGCACCGCCUCCCGCGCGGGAUUCCUUCACGAGGUCCCUCAAUUGCUUCGCUCCAUGAAGGAGGACGGCGUCGUGGUCGAUUCCCAGACCUUCAAAGCCCUGCUCGACGCGUUUAUCCGGUCCGGUAAGUUCGAUUACGCGCUUGAAAUUUUGGAUAUUAUGGAAGAUGUUGGUGCUGGGUUGAACACCGAUAUGUAUAACUUGGUUCUUGUUGCUCUGGUUAGGAAAAACCAGGUGGGUUUGGCCAUGGCCAUUUUGUUUAAGCUUCUGGAGGCAGGGGAUUCGACCCAGGUGCCGAAUUCGAUUGCCUGCAAGUUGCUGGUUGCUCUUAGAAAAUCUGACAUGAGGGUUGGGUUUAAGCAAGUUUUUAAUAAGCUUAGAGAGAGUGAGGGGUUUGAGAUGGAUACUUGGGGUUAUAAUAUUUGCAUUCAUGCAUUUGGGUGUUGGGGUGAUUUGGGUACUAGUCUGAGUCUGUUCAGAGAGAUGAAAGACUCUAACUUGGAUAACGUUGGGCCGGAUUUGUCUACAUAUAAUAGCCUCAUUCAUGUGCUCUGCUUGGUGGGGAAAAUGAAUGAUGCACUUAUUGUAUGGGAGGAAUUGAAGGGCUCCGGCCAUGAGCCGGAUGCAAUUACCUAUAGAAUUCUUAUUCAGGGGUGUUGUAGGUGUUAUCGAAUAGACGAUGCCACUAAGAUUUUUAGUGAAAUGCAGCUCAAUGGAUAUGUCCCUGAUACCAUUGUUUAUAAUUCUUUACUAGAUGGGUUAUUCAAGGCCAGGAAGGUUAAUGAUGGCUGCCAGUUAUUUGAGAAAAUGGUUCAGAAUGGGGUGAGAGCCUCAACAUGGACGUAUAAUAUUCUCAUUGAUGGUUUGUUCAGGAAUGGAAGGGCAGAGGCUGCAUAUACACUAUUUUGUGACUUAAAGAAGAAGGGUCAGUUUGUCGAUGGUGUAACAUAUAGCAUUGUGGUUUUGCAACUUUGUAAGGAGGGCCUGCUUGAGGAAGCACUAGGAUUGGUGGAAGAAAUGGAAAGGAGAGGCUUUACUGUUGAUUUAGUUACUAUUUCGUCACUUGUGAUUGGGCUGUAUAAAGAAGGACGGUGGGAUUGGACGGACAAGCUCAUGAAGCACAUUAGAGAUGGUAACCUAGUGCCGAGUGUUCUUAAAUGGAAGGUUGAUAUGGAGGCUUCGCUGAAAAAUCCGCAGAGAAAUAGAAAGGAUUAUACUCCUUUGUUCCCAAGUAAAGGCGACUUGAGCGAGAUUAUGAGUUUAAUAAAGUCUGCUGAAUCAACAAUGGAUGCAGACCUAGAUUCAGAGGCUGCCAGGGUUAAAGAAGAUGAUAAGAAUUUGUCCACCGAUACUGGUCAGUGGUCAUCAUCUCCACAUAUGGAUCAAUUGGCUAAUCAACUUAAGUCCACCGACCACUCCUCGCAGCUGUUUUCAUUGUCCAGGGGGCAAAGAGUUCAAGCAAAAGGGGAAAACACUUUUGAUAUUGACAUGGUUAAUACCUUUUUGUCCUUAUUCUUGGCCAAGGGAAAGCUGAGCAUAGCAUGCAAAUUGUUUGAGAUUUUCAGUGAUCUUGGUGAAAAUCCUGUGAGUUAUACUUAUAAUUCCACGAUGAGUUCGUUCGUCAAGAAGGGCUACUUCAAUGAGGCAUGGGGUGUACUCAAGAUGGGAGAAAGGGUCUGCCCCACAGACAUAGCUACAUACAAUGUGAUAAUUCAAGGCUUGGGGAAGAUGGGUAGAGCGGAUCUAGCGAGUUCUGUCCUGGAUAAGCUAAUUGAGCAGGGUGGUUAUCUUGACGUGGUUAUGUACAACACCUUGAUUAAUGCACUAGGCAAGGCUAGCAGGAUUGAUGAAGUAAACAAGCUCUUUGAGCAGAUGAAGAGUAGUGGAAUAAAUCCUGAUGUUGUCACUUUUAAUACACUUAUUGAAGUUCAUAGCAAAGCAGGUCGGCUAAAAGAUGCAUAUAAGUUUUUGAAAAUGAUGCUCGAUGCAGGCUGCACCCCGAACCAUGUUACUGACACGACUUUAGAUUUUCUGGGCAAGGAGAUUGAGAAAAUGAGGUACCAGAAGGCAUCCAUGGUGCGCAAUAAGGAUGACUGACCUUGAUAAGAAUUUGUACACUUCAAUUCAACUGUAGUUCAACCUUCUAUGACUUUCGGCUCAUAAAUGUAAAUGAAAAUUUGAAGGCCAAAAGUGUAGUUGUGUGUUGAGGUGCCUUUUUGACCUAUAAUCAUGUCAUGCUCAGCUUCGGUCAUUUCUCAGGGUAAUUCAAAUUGCUAGAGGUGAAACUCCAGGUCAGUACCUACUAAACGGUUAGAAUGUAGCGUAACAAGAAUAUUUGUUUUUCUUCCAAAACUCAGAAAUAUAAUUGAGCUUUGUUAAGCAAGAAGGUAGAUUAUUUGAUUCUGGUAGUGAUUUAUGCAAAAAUUUGAAUGAUAAUGUUACUACUGUGUAUUAGUUUUC